AUGAUACGCCACCGGUCUUACAACGCCACGGCGUGUGGUGAUGGCUUCUUCGGCCCGGCGGUCUGGGCCGAUGGCUGUCGGGGUGGCUUUGACUUUACACUCUCAUUCGAGGAGAGCAUCCUGUCUACGCUGCCCUCCGCUCUGUUCCUCCUCUUCUCCAUCCCGAGAGCCAUCUACCUCCUCCGGACUCCCGACAAGGCGAAGCGUCGAUCAGCCUACACCCCGAAACUCAUCGCAUCAAGUGCCUAUGCAGGCAUCCAGGUCGGCUCCCUCGCCCUCGUCGCCUCCUCCCGACACCUCAACACCAGAUUCUCCCUCGCCGCCGCCAUCCUCAACCUCAUCGCCGCCUGCUGCAUCGUCCUGCUCUCACAUAUUGAACACGUCAAGUCCAUCCGGCCGUCCUUUCUGCUUACCUCGUACCUCUUCACAUCGCUCCUCUUCGACGCCGCUCGGCUGCGGACAGAAUGGCUCCUCUCUGUGAAUGUCGCCUACGCGGCAGUGUUAUCGACGUCGACCAUCUUGAAGCUGGCCUUGCUGGUGCUGGAAAACGUCGAAAAGAGGCGCAUCCUGCUGGACUCGAGCAAGGAGCAGUCGAGGGAGAGCACCAGCGGGCCCUUUAGCCGCGGCUUCUUCCUCUGGCUCAACUCGCUGCUCAUCUCUGGCUGGGCCACCGUCUUGACCCUUCACGACCUUCCCGCCAUUUACGAGAAGCUCUCCUCCGAGAAGCUGGCCGUCAUCUUCACAAAGCGAUGGGACAAGGUGACUUGCGACGGACAGAAGGCGUCCCUCUUUCUCAACACCGUCUGGAUCCUCAAGCUCGAACUCGUGGGCAUAGUGUUCCCUCGCCUGGCUACCAUUGCCUUGACUCUUGCGCAGCCUUUCCUCGUGUCUCAAGCACUGCGAUUUCUCGCGAUGCCCAAAGACGAACAUUCUGACAAUAUCGGCUAUGGCCUGAUUGGCGCUUUUGCCUUUGUCUUUGUCGGUUCCGCUAUCCUGACGGCAUGGUAUGAGCAUCUCACCUUUCGAGUCAACGCCAUGAUUCGUGGCGGCUUAAUCGGCCUCAUCUACCGCAAGAUGUUGAGGCUCUCGGCAAGCGAGCUCAACGAAUCUGCUGCCCUCACGCUCAUGGGCAACGACAUUGAGACUCUCGCCGAGCGCGCAAAUGCUCUGCUGAUCGAAGCGUGGGCAAACUCACUUACCGUCGGAAUCGCCAUAUGGAUGCUAUACGCACAACUAGGACUCGUCUUUGUCGCCCCCAUUGCCAUGGCCAUAAUCUCUCUUGCAUUGUGUUGGUUCAUUGGAAAGGUGCUUGUCAAGCGCCAGACCGUCUAUCAGAAAGCAACGCAGGAUCGCAUCAACUUCACAUCUGAAGUGCUCGGUUCUAUAAAGGCCGUCAAGAUGCUGGGAUACUCUGAGCGUUUCACUGACCUCCUCGAGGAGAAGCGCGACAACGACCUCAGGGUUGGCAAACGCUACCGAUGGAUGACAGUAUGGGCCAACACAGUCGGAAACGCAAACGUCAGUCUUACCCAGGCCGCUACCUUUGGCGCAUACGCCAUCGUCGCCAAGCUCAGCGACAGCCAGUCCUUCUCAGCAUCUCAGGCCAUCACGGCGCUCUCCAUCCUCAACGUCAUGAUCAACCCGCUCAGCAACCUUCUCUUUAACAUCUCCUCUGCCUAUUCUUCCCUUGGAUGCUUCAAGCGCAUCCAAGACUUCUUGCUGCUCAGCGAGAGGGUCGAUAGCCGCGAAAUAUGCGCACGGCCUGGGCUCUCAACGUGGAGCGAAGGGGAGGCAUCGCCGAGGAGCAGCAUUGAGCUUCGCCGCCUGGAGAGUUUCAAGGACGAAGGCGCGCGGAUUCAUAUUGAUAGAGGGGACUUUGCUUGGAAAGACAAGAAGGUGCUGAGCAACAUUAGCGUCUCCUUUUCACAGGCACGGUCAGGAUCCCUCACCAUCAUCGUCGGUCCAAUCGGCUCCGGCAAGUCCAGUUUGCUAAAGGCCAUCCUCGGCGAGACUCGCUCGACAGGGGGAAAGCUGUCGCUCUCAACGCCCAGCGUCGCCUUCUGUGAUCAGACGCCCUGGGUAAUGAACGCCACAAUCCGGGACAACAUCGUGGCCGAGUCUGGGCACUUUGAGGACAAGUGGUUCGACACGGUUAUUGAGGCUUGUGACUUGGCCCAAGACUUUUCCCGCCUGCCGGAUGGCGUUGAGACCGUCGUGGGCGAUAAGGGAGUCAAGUUAAGCGGAGGCCAGAAACAGAGACUGGCAAUCGCCCGUGCUGUUUACGCGCGGAAGCCCGUAGCCAUCUUCGACGACGUCUUCAGUGCCCUCGACAAGGCAACCGAGCGCAUCGUCUUUGCGCGUGUCUUUGGUAAAGACGGACUUCUCCGACGCAGCGGCACGACUGUGAUUCUCGCCACUCAUUCCGUCCAUCUGUUGCCCAGUGCCGAUCACAUCAUCGCCUUGGGCACUGACGGCCAAGUCGUCGAGCAAGGAUCCUUUGCAAAACUCCAAGAAACGGGAAAAUACAUCCAAAGCCUCGACAUCACAGACCCCGAUUCCGAAAGCGACGAUGAGACGACCUCGGAGCAGGACGCGAUCGAGGAGACUAAGAAACCUAGUGAAUGCCAGCCUGACGUGAAAGAAGAGGAUCGAGAAAGGGGGCAGCAACAGACAGUGUCGAGCGACCGCAGCACCUUCAAGUACUACUUUUCUGCAAUGCAGCCCCUGAGCUUGGCUAUAGGCGGUGCAUAUAUCGGCGGACAAGCUUUCUGCUCGGCUUUCAGAUCUGUUUGGCUUACGUGGUGGGGAGACGGCCGAGGACGCUCAAGCAACGAUGUCGGAUACUGGCUGAGCAUCUUUACCCUCCUGGCGGUCAUAGAGGCUACUCUGAUAUCUCUGGCAAUCAUACACUUCUUGUUGAUCAUCGGGCCUACCGUCGGCAAAAAGUUUCACACCAGAAUCUUGAACGCAGUCAUGAGAUUCAGUCAAGACUUGCGUCUGGUGGACAUCGACCUCCCCGUGGCCCUCGCCAUAUUCCUCUUUGACAUCACAAUCUGCAUAGGCGUCACCGGCCUCGCCGUCGGAGCAGUCAGCUACUUCGCCGCAUCCCUCCCCUUCGUCAUCACCAUCCUCCUCAUGAUCCAACGCUUCUACGUCCGAACCUCCAAGCAACUCCGCAUCCUAGAAAUCGAGCACAAAGCCCCCCUAUACUCCCACUUCCUCGAAUCCAUCAGCGGCCUCGCCACCAUCCGCGCCUUCGGCUGGACCCAUCCCUACUCGAGAAAGAACCUCGCCCUCCUCGACAGCGCCCAGAAGCCGUCGUACCUGCUCAACUGCAUCCAGCGCUGGCUCACCCUCGUCCUGGACCUCGUCGUCGCCGUCCUCACCGUCCUGCUCGUCGUCUUCGCCGUCGUCCUCAGGGGCAAGCUCAAUCCUUCGCUGCUCGGCGUCGCGCUCGUCAACAUGAUGAAUCUGGGGCUCAAUCUCAAGGGCAUCAUCCUCGCGUGGUCGCAGCUGGAGACUUCCCUGGGGGCGGUCACGCGCAUCAAGAACUUUGAAGAAACUACACCUUCGGAACUGCUCCCCGAGGAAAACUACGUGCCUCCUGAAGAAUGGCCUUCACGGGGGUCUAUUGACUUUGUCAGUCUAUCCGUACAAUACGACUCAACCUCCCACCCCGUCCUCACCAACAUCACCCUCUCCAUCCCCCCCUCCCAAAGACUCGGCCUCGUCGGCCGCAGCGGCAGCGGCAAGAGCUCCCUCAUCCAAGCCCUCUUCCGCAUGGCCAACACCCCCUCGGGCGCCAUCCUCCUCGACGGCAUCGACAUAUCCAGCAUCCCCAAGCCCCUCGUCCGCCAGCGCCUCAGCUGCCUCACCCAGGACCCCUUCUUCUUCACCAACACGAUCCGCUUCAACGCCGACCCGCUGGGCGCGCAUGCCGACGAGGACAUUGUGAGCGCGCUCAAGAGGGCGGCGAUUUGGGACGUCAUUCGGGCAAAGGUCGAGAAGGGGAAAGAUCCGCUUGACGAGAGGAUCGACGAGACUUUCUUUUCGCAUGGGCAGCGGCAGCUGUUUUGUUUGGGCAGGGCGCUUUUGAAGAAGAGCAGUAUCCUGAUUCUUGAUGAGCCUACUAGCAACAUCGACAAUCAAACCGACGCCCAAAUCCAGCGCGUUAUCAAAUCCGAGUUCAAGGACCGCACAGUCAUCAUGAUUGCCCACCGUCUCGACUCGCUACUCGAUUUUGAUACCAUUGCCGUGCUCGAGGAAGGGUCGCUGGUCGAGGUUGGUGCUCCAAAGGAGUUGCUCAUGAAGGGGGGUCCGUUUGCGAGGCUUUACGCUUCUGACAAGACGAAUAAGAAGAGGAGUUUAGACGAUAUUUCACGAGAGUAG